CGUUGCUUCCGUCACCGGCUCGGUCCCGUUUAGGUUUUCAAAAGACCCUUGAAAAAAAAAAAAAAAAAAAAAAAAAAAAAAAACCCCUUCCACCUCAAUAGUCAAUACUACGAAUUCAUGACAUGGUCUGCUCUCAUCCCUCACUCACCAUCACCGGAAAAUGCUCGUCGGCGAUGCCGUACACCUCCUCCGAACGUUAGUCUCCGCAAACACAGACCGCUUUCUUGAUUUCCUAUCUCCGACAUGUCCAGAUUCUUGGCAAUUGGGAAUAUUAAAAGAAUUGCAAAGUCCACACAACAAAAUCAAACUGCCAUCAGUUCAGAAGGGACAAAAUAUGGAUUGUUUAUCAGAAUCGGGAUAUGUUCACCUCAGUACAGAUAUUGUGGACAUUACAUGUUUCCUAACAGAGGGCAAGCAAAAUUCACAACAUGCAGAAUCCAGAACAGCUUCCACCAGAGUUAUUCGGCCACUCACAGGAGGAGUACUAUAGCAAAUCAUGCCCAUCUUACAUUGAAGAGGUUCCAGCAACAGUCUUUAUUUAGAGGACGGACUUUUCUUGCUAUAUAUAGAAUUGCGCAAGUAGUUAGCUUGGCUUUGAGCCGCUCUUAUGUGGCUUUUCCUGGUAUAUUUGCAUUAACAUGUGGAAGAAAUGUAGCACUGGCCCGAGCACUACCAGAUGCAGAUUUUGUCUCCCAAAGGAAUGCUCUGUAUAUGCAUGCUCAAGAUGGACAUGUUUACUUUACCUCAUUCAUACGCUCUAUAUUUUAUGGCAUUGUGCUGCUGUUGAGAGCAUUUUAUUUAGCAGUACUCUUUUCACCAAGUAUAGUAAUGGCUCCAUUUGUAGAAGUUUUUGGACCUCGUUACAUGCAAAUCUGGCUUCAGGUUGUUCGACAAACACUGGAAAGAGCUGGCCCUGCAUUUAUAAAGUGGGGCCAAUGGGCAGCUACGCGACCAGAUCUUUUCUCUAGCAGUUUAUGUACUGAACUGUCAAAGCUCCAGGCAAAUGCCCCUGAACAUAGCUUUGCCUACACUAAAAAGACCAUAGAAAGAGCUUUUGGUUGUAAAAUUGCUGAAAUCUUUGAUGACUUUGAAGAAAAGCCUGUAGCAUCUGGAAGUAUUGCUCAAGUUCAUCGAGCUUCCUUGCAUCGGUACCAUGGUAGGAAGAUCAAGCCCAUUGCAGUGGCUGUGAAGGUUAGACAUCCUGGAGUUGGUGAAUCAAUAAAAAGAGAUUUUGAGAUAAUCAAUGUAGUUGCAAGGAUAUCAAAAUUCAUUCCUACACUUAAGUGGUUAAGAUUGGAUGAAAGUGUACAGCAAUUUGCUGUUUUUAUGAUGUCUCAAGUUGACCUUGCUAGGGAGGCUGCCCAUUUAAGCCGCUUCAUUUAUAAUUUUAGAAGAUGGAAGGAUGUUUCUUUUCCAAAGCCUGUAUAUCCAUUAGUACAUCCUGCAGUAUUGGUGGAAACAUUUGAGCAAGGGGAAAGUGUUUCAUACUAUGUUGAUGAGCUUCAGGGGCAUGAACGAAUUAAAAGUGCACUUGCUCAUAUUGGAACCCAUGCACUUCUCAAGAUGCUUCUGGUGGACAAUUUUGUGCAUGCUGACAUGCAUCCUGGAAAUAUCCUUGUUCGGGUAACCCAGAGCAAGUCUUCACGGAAACGUAUCUUCAAAUCAAAGCCUCAUGUUAUUUUCCUUGAUGUAGGCAUGACUGCUGAGCUUUCUAGUAGCGACCGAAUAUCGCUGCUGGAAUUCUUUAAGGCUGUUGCUCGACGAGAUGGGCGCACUGCAGCAGAAUGCACUUUGAAAUUAUCAAAGAAACAGAACUGCCCUAAUCCUGAGGCAUUCAUUAAGGAAGUGAAAGAGUCAUUUGAUUUCUGGGGUACUGAUGAAAGCAAUUCAAUUCAUCCAGCUGAGUGCAUGCAGCGUCUACUUGAGCAAGUUAGGCGUCAUAGAGUUAACAUUGAUGGGAAUGUGUGCACUGUGAUGGUGACAACUUUAGUCCUCGAGGGUUGGCAGCGGAAGCUUGAUCCUGAUUAUGAUGUAAUGCACACGUUACAGACGCUGUUGCUCAAGUCAGAUUGGGCAGAGUCGCUUUCCUAUACAAUCGAAGGACUCAUGGCCCCAUGAUGGGAUUUCUUUACUUGCAGCAUAGAAACAUAGAUAUGUAGACCUUACUGGAUCAGCGUCCUCCAGAAUUUGUCUUCAUCAAAUUUUGUUAGUGCGAACUAUACUCUGUAAUUUGUAUUUUGAUACAAGAAAAUUGCCCUCUUUCUAGUGUUCUUUUAGAUAGAGAUCCAGAGGCAACAACAGCAAAGGAGGAAGCAAAUAAUGUAAACAUACUUCCAAAUUAUGUUACUUUUUUCAUGUCUGCAGGGACCAAAUUUGGUCUAUUACCAUCUUACAUACCAAAAACAAAACAUUAGAGGACUGACAUUUACAUGAAAUAAUUAGUU